AUGCGUGUGGUAGUUAAGAAUUUGCCUUCUUUAGUAACAGAAACUGAGAUAAGAAAUCACUUUUCUGUUAAAGGACCUAUUACUGAUGUAAGAUUGUUAACUAGUGCUACUGGUGAAAGUAGGAGGGUGGCUUUCUUAGGAUAUAAAACAGAAGAGAUAUCUAGAGAAAGUGUUGUGUAUUAUAACAAGUCAUAUUAUAAAGGACACAGACUAGUUAUGGAACCUGUCUUAGAACGAAGAAAGUUAAUGGAAGAAGAUGAACUAAGAAGUAAGAGAAGAAAUCGAGCUAUGGAACUAUCUGGAGUGGGGAUAGCUGAAAUGAAAGAGAUUGUCCAGCUCAUUAGUAAGAAGAAAGAAGGAAGUUGGGAGAAUGAAGUAGGUUUAAAAGAAGACGACUUAAAAGAAGGUAUAACUGAAGGCAGUAGUCAAGAUAAAGUAGAAGAAGUUAUUCAGAAGUACAAGUUAAAGGUAGAAUCUGAGGCUAAAAUGAAGGUUUUAGAUACGGGUGAAAUCUUUGUGACUGGUUUACCCUAUACGGCAACUGAAGAAGAAGUUGAAGUUGAGUUUGCUAAGUAUGGAGCAGUUUCAGAGGUAUACUUAAAGCACAAGGAAAGAGAGAAUGCCUGGGGAGAGGGAGAAACUUUGAACUGUGGCCAUGCUUUGAUUACUUAUGCCUUUCCUCAAGAUGCCUAUGCCUUACUAGGUAGGGAGUUAGUCUUUCAAGGCCGGAACUUAACAAUCCUGCCCAGUAGAGGAAAGCCUAAAGAAGAAGUAAGUUUGAAGAAUCGAUCUAAUCAAUCACGUGGUAAGUAUACGGCUUUGUUCUUUAACUUUACAGCUAUUCUAGGAAUUGCGGCUAAGGAGAAGCGUGUUUCUAAAUCUGAAAUACUUAGGGAUAAAGGAGUUGGAAUUGGUGGGAGAAUAGCUCUACUAGAGAGUGAGUUAGUAGAAAGAACUAAGAAGUUCUUAGAAGUUGAAGGAAUUGCUGAAGGUUGUACUUGUCAUAAGAAAGGAUGUACGUGUAUGUUUAUCUCUAAAAAGUCACUACUAAUCAAAAACAUUCCUUAUAAUACUACUGAAGUUGAGAUUAGGAAGUAUUUCAGCACUUAUAUUAGAGCAGUCUUCUCGCCUUCUAAAACUCUAGUGGUUCUUGAGUAUGCUACUAAGUCAGAUGCAGCUAAUGAGCUUAAAAAGAACAACUUUGCUAAGAUUAGAGACCAUCCGGUUUAUGUUGAGUACCUUCAAGUAACUCAAGCCAGGUACACUCGUGAAUUGGCUGGAACACCACCACCUACUACUACGCCUGAUAAUUCAGCUACUCUUCCUCCUAGUACAACUACUAAACCCAAUCAAUCCGGUGCUAACCACUCUAUUCAACAUCAGAAGAUUAUUCUUAAGAACAUUCCCUUCCAAGCCGGUCGACCUGAAGUUUCCGAAAUACUUGACGGUCUGAUUGGCAAAGAGUACAAACUACGUUUCCCUAAGAAAGCCGAUGGUACUCACCGUGGGUUCUGCUUUGUUGAACCCCAAAACCAAGAACAAGUCGCCCUUCUGCUUAGCAAGAUAAAGCAUCUGCAUCUCUAUGGCCGGCAUAUUGUGGCUGAAAGAGCUAAUCUCUAA